UGUGAGUAGGCGGCCCGGUUAUGUCAUGUUAUCACCACCCACUCACAUGCCCCUAUAUAUUGCUGCACUGAGCCUAUAGAGUUACUACUUUCUGUGAUCAGGGAUUCUCUGUGUUCUGCAUUCGACAGCAACAGCUUUAACAACAAGAUGGUGAAACAAAUCCAUUCAUUGGUAAGAGAAUGUGUGCCACACCGGGUUCCAGUUAGGUCAUUCCAGCGGUGUGUGUGUGUAUUACAGGGUGUUCGUUUCUGAUGACAGGUUUACGGUUGUGCGUUUCCUGGUUCUGUCUUGUUUUUACAUGAAUGGAAGCUUGUGUCUUUCAUGGCUGUCUUAAAAAAAAAAAAAAUAGAUAAUAAUUUCAUGUAUAAUAUGUGGAAUUGGAAAAAUUCUCAGUCUGCUAUCCUUUCAUUUUGGCUUUACAUUUUGAAAUUCGCUUUGAAUUUUCACUUUAGUGACUAACCCUGUAUAUGUGAUCAUACAAGUCUAAAGUAUGAAUUGUGGGCUGUAGGAUAUUCUGGCCUGAAAUUUGAGAUUCACCCAAAGUUCCUAACAGUUCAUACUUUAAACCCUUUAGUACGUCAGGCAAGCUUUGCUGUCCUGAAAGGUUGGGCUUCAAAGUUCAAGGAAUGAAUAGAUAAAAAAAUAUAUGUUGAAUGAUCAGCUGUCUGAUAUGUUGAUAUCAAAAUAUACAUAUAUUUUGUUGAUAUUUUGAUAUCAACAUAUCAGACAGCUGAUCAUUCAACAUAAUAUAUGUAUAUUUUUAUAUCAAUAUAUCAGACAGCUGAUCAUUCAACAUAUAUUUAUUUAUCUAUUCAUUUUAUAUAACUAAGUUAUUCUAUUAAUUAUAAUUUGAAGAACCUGCCAACACAGGCAGAAAGCCCAGAUAAUUUAAUUUGCAAGCCCUAUAUUUUAGCCUGAAACUUUUCAAAAUACCAUAAAACCUGUACAUUAGGGUGUACUGUUGUACUUGGGAGACUUUUCUAAAUACAAAUACAAAUGUAUUAAAACAGUAAAAUGUAAAGGAAGUUUUUUGUGUUUUUGCCAAUAAUAUACCGCAUGUGUCCACACUAUCAUUCUUUGAAGUUCUGCCUGUGUAUAACAUUCAGACUGAUAGUCAGAUGCAGACUUUAACUUUAGUGAAUGAUGUAAGGAACAAGGAUUUAGCUUUGUUUCUCAUGGUAGCUCUAUUUGGAGUGGAAAUGAACUGUACAAACAUCAAUCUAAUUUGCCAUGAAAACAAGGACAGAAAGUGCCUGUAGCAAGUGUAAAAAAAAUUAUCUUAGAGUCAUGUCUACAAAUGCUCGCAGUUUAGGGAAUAAGACCCAUGAACUUGUGGCAAUAAUGGCAACUGAUAAUGUAGAUUUAGUCACUGUUAAUGAGACAUGGUAUAAUGAGAAAAAUGACUGGGACAUAGCAAUACCAGGGUAUUUUAUUUUUUAUAUAGAAAAGACAGGGAAGGCAAAAUGGGGAGGGGUGGCCCUGUAUGUGAAGGAUAUCAUGAAAUCUAACCUAAUAAAAGUUAGUGAGACUAACAGAGUCAGUUUGGGUUAGGUUAGAAUUUGGUAAUCGCACAGUAAUUUGGUAACUCUCCAAAACACCAUAAACCCUGGACAUGGGAAGUCUUGUUGUACUUGUGCGACAUCGCCGAACACAAAUAUGAGUGUUUUAGAGCAGUAAAAUGGAUAAUGCUGAUGAUAUCAUUGGUGAAAAAUGCAAAAAAAAUAAACUAAUAUGAAAUCUAAUUUUGGCCAGGGUUUGUGACUAAGUGGCUACUAAAAAAGACUAGAAAUACUCAAUUAUGAAUAUCCUGGGUUGUCUACUUUUACAAAUGGUAUGCCAUGAUGGGGUCAAUUUUCAUUCCUAGGCUGCCAUAUAGUUUCCCCCUGGAAGGAUAAGGAAGGGGGAGCAUGACUGCUGCCCAAGAUUGGGGGCUGGGUUAAAAUGGAUACAUUUGUGGUUCUUAAGGAAAGGGAGAGGGAGGGGACUUACCAGUCAGCAGGUUCAUUGAGGGAUCUUGGCUGUUUUCCCACCCUCCCACCCUGUUUCUGGGUUGUGGCUUGUGUCUUGUUUUCUUGUUUUGUGUUGUCACAGCUUGGCGGGUUUCCCUGGACAGCGCAGAAGAAAAAAGGAGCUUUGGGGAGACGACAGCCUGCACAGAGCUGAUGGCGAGGAGCCGGCUGUCGAGGCUCAUGGUAUAGAAGUUGGGAGAACUGCCUGUUGGGAAACACCCAACAGCUGGCAGAGUUGGACUAAGUUAAAAAUUAUUAUGUUAAAUAAAGCUGUGGCCGUUGCCCUUAUCCACAAGAAGAAUGUGUCACGUGUAUUAUUUGGGGGGCAACGGGUUUAUUGUUGGGGGACUGGUUGGGUCAGCAGUCAUGUCUCAAAGGCAAUAUAGGACCAUCAAAUCAAUCUGCAUAUUUCAAUGUGCAAAAAUGGAAAAGGGGAAAGCCCUAAAUUUGACCCUAUAAGUUUCCAAAACUCCAUAAAACCUGAACAUGGGGGGUACUGUUUUAUUUGGGAGAUAUUGCUGAAUACAAAUAUGUGCAUUUUAUUGCAGGAAAAACUAGCAGUAUUAUUACAUUCACAGUUAAAAUGUCAUGCAGAACUUGUUCUUCACGCUUUUUUAGAUUGUAUUCAUAUUAAAUUAUGUUUCAUAUAUACAAGUAUUUCAUGUGAAAUGAAAGCCCUGUUUCUCCUUAAAUGUUAUAUAAUAAGUGUGAGUACACUUAAAGGCACACUGUAGGCACCCAGAUCACUUCAGCUAAUUAAAGUGGUCUGGGAGCUGGAACCCUUUUGCACGUCGUGCUGCAAUGUUUACAUUGUAGCUUUAAGUCUGCCCUCAGUGGCUGUCUAACAGACAGCCACUAAAAGGCUUUUGGAAUCCAAACAGACUUUUGGUCUGUUAUCUGAUGCUGGACGUCCUCACGGACCUCCAGCAUCAGAUUUUCUCCAUAGGAAAGUAUUGAAUAAUGCUUUCCUAUGGGGAGGUCUAAUGCGCGUGUGGCCAUUGUCGCGCAUGUGCAUUAGUACUUCAGUCUUCAAAAGUCUUCCUCCAAGUUUACCAUCGAAAAAUACACAGGACACCACCUCUUGUUUACUUCAAACAGAAAUUGGUACCACCCUAAAAUUGAAAUGUACAGCUAGCUGUUUCCGACUUAUGCAUGGUGCCAGGGCUUUCAUAGACUUGUACAAGCUCAUCGUAUUCUAUUUACUUUUAUUCUUGCUUACUUGUUUAUUGGUUUAAAAGGAAAAAGUGAUAACACCUCCACUUCAUGUGCCAGCAGGCUUUCUUUUCUCAGUUACAAAAUUCUGCUGGCUGUUGGGCAUGCGUUCAUGUGGUAGGGUAUGUUUUUUUAUUAGUUUUUAGGGGAGGACCCUAUGUCCCUCAUUUAAUUAAAUAGCCCCCACUAGCGGGGCACGAGUGGGGGUCGGCUGGCGGACACUAUGUCCCCCCCGCUUGUUAAUAGUUGUAGAGCCAUGGGGCCAUUUAUGAGAAGGGUUUACUGUUCACUGUUUUCUAGACAUGCCCCUACACAUAGCAGAGUGAGUAGGGGCAGAUUAACCCCUUAAAGCCAUUUACGGCGUUCUAUGCCGUCCCGCAUUAAAUGGGCUUUAAAGCCGUUGCGGCAGCAUAGAACGCCGUAACGGCUUGCAGCCCCAGGAGCUCGGAGGUACUUACCUCCGCCGCAAUCCUCUUCGGGAGGACUGCCUGACAGCCCAGGCAACCCUCCCUGGCAAAUGAGGCCCCCGGGGGCCAUGUGAUCGCUCUCAAAGAGCGAUCACAUGGCCCCCUAUAGCUGGCUGUGGAUCUGCCAGCAGUGCGACUGUCUGAGAUGUCGGACAGUCCCCCUGCUGGUGGGAAGUGUAAACAAAAAUGAUUAAACAUGUUUUAAAAUAAAUGAAAUGUAUUUAUAUAUAAAUAUAAUAUAUAUAUUAUAAAUAUAUAUACAUCUUAUAUAAAUGUAACGUCAUACGUAAUGUAUUUUAAUAUUAAUAUAUGUACAUAUAUUAUUAUUAAAAUACACUUAGAAUGAUGUUACAUAUAUAUACGAUAUAUAUUAUAUAUAUAUAAUACAUCUAUAUAUAUUUUAUUUUUAUAUAUACACUUAUAAUUACAAUAAUAAAUAAAUUAAAUGAUAAAAUAAAUAAAUAAUUUUUUAAAAAAUUAAAUAAAUUAUAUAUACAAAUGUAAUUUCAUUCUAACUGUAUUUUGUUAUUAAUAUAUAUAUUGGUAACAAAAUACAUUUAGAAUGACAUUCUAUAUCUGUCUAUAUAUAAAAUACAAACAACCGCAAAUAUAUAUAUAUACAGAUAAAUAUAUAUAAUUACAUAAAUAACUACAUAAGUCUACACGUAGACUUUAAAUACAUAUAUGUAUACAUAUUAAAAUUCUACCUGUAUAUUUAAGUAAUAUUUUAACAUAAUUAUGUGAUUUAAUUAGUUAAAAUUUGAUUGACAUGCCCGACAACCCAGGCAAAAAGUGCAGAGAAUUUGAAUUUCAAGCACUAUAUUUAACCCUGUAACUUUCCAAGACACCAAAAAAACUGUACAUGGAGGUACUGUUUUACUCGGGAUACUUCGCUGAACACAAAUAUUAGUGUUUUAAAAUGGUAACUUGUAUUACAACAAUGAUAUUUUUAGUAAAAGUGAGUUUUUUUGCAUUUUUCACACAUGAACGACACUUUUACUGAUGAUAUUAUUGUUGUAAUACAGGUUACCAUUUUGAAACAAAAAAUUGACUUUUUUUGCAGUAAAAGCUAACAGUAUUAUGACAUUUACAGCUAAAAUGUGAGGCGGAACUACAAAUCUGUUUAAAAAUUAAAUAUUUCUCACAGUUUUUUUUAUUUUAUUCAUGUUAAAUUAUGUUUCAUAGAUAAAUAUUUGAUAUAAUAUGAAAGCCCUGUUUCUCCUGAACAAAAUGAUAUAUAAUAAGUGUGGGUGCAUAUAAUAUGAAAGAGGUGAAUUACGGUUUAACAGAGAGGGAGAGAUGAGGAAGCGAUUAGGGAAAGGUAUGUUUGGCAUUACAAUAUUGUCCGUGAAGUGACAGUUACCCUUCUUUCCUUUUAGCUUCCAGUCUGCUUUCUAUGUUUCCCGCGCUAUGCUUGUCUGUAUGAUAUAGACAUCCAUUUUUACUGUUAGUGCUGCUUAUGGUACUUUGAUUCUACACAUUCAUGCCAAUUGUAUUGUUUGUUUUCCACCCUUCUAGGAUGAUUACCAGAAAGCGAUUGCUGUAAAAGGCAAGCUUGUUGUAAUUGACUUCACUGCUACUUGGUGUGGACCAUGCAGAUUAAUUGCACCUCGUUAUGAAGUAAGUCUCACUACUCGCCUAGCAGGCAUGCUUGAGUGGAAACUGUAGCUGCCUCAGAUAACACGAAGCAUUCCAUAGUUGCUAUGGGGUGGAGGGGGGGCAACUCCUACAGCUUCCAAUCCACCAUUACAGCUGUCAGUCAAUGAUCCAUGUAUAGUAGCUAAUUUAAUAUAAUUAUAUUUAUUUCUUAAUUUACUUCUUCCAGAAAUUCAGCGAAGAGUUCGUUAAUGCUGACUUUUAUAAAGUAGAUGUGGAUGACGUGACGGUGAGUAAGCUAUAUUGUCUUGUUCUCUGCAUGGCCUUCAUAAACAUACUAAUAUAGAAAAUUGCAUGGUUGUUGGGAGUAUGUAUUAAAUGUACCAUAUUUCUAAUAUUUUAUUAUUGAGUUAUAAAGCACAUCUUACAUGUAGGUUUUGAGGUAUAGAACAUGGACUACUGAGUUUGAUUGUGUCAACAUUCAAACUGCCAUAUCAUAUAUAACUAUUUUAAUCAGUUUAUGAUUUUUUUUAAUGUGUUCUGUAUAUUGUUUUUCUGUUUUAUUUUAGGAUGUCGCUCAACUCUGCGGAAUCCGUGCUAUGCCUACAUUCAUAUUUUACAAAGAUGGGAGUAAGGUACUAUAAUAUUUAACAAAACUUGUUAUUGUUGGGGAUUGUUCCCACCCCUUCCCCAAUUGUAAAUAGUGAAACCUUUUUGAGUGCUUUGAUGAAUUACUUGGUGUCUGCCAGAUACUGCUCCCCGCCUCUACUACUAAUGCAGAGAGCUGUAAGUUCCUAAGCAUACAGUGAGGCGAAAAAGUAUUUGAUCCCCUGCUAAUUUUGAAUGUUUGCCCACUGACAAAGAAAUGAUCAGUCUAUAAUUUUAAUGGUAGGUGUAUUUUAACAGUGAGAGACAGAAUAACAAAAAAGUUCUACAUUUAUUUGCAUGUCAAUGAGUGAAAUAAGUAUGUGACCCCUUCGACUUAGUACUUGGUGGCAAAACCCUUGUUGGCAAUCACAGAGGUCAGACAUUUCUUGUAGUUGGCCACCAGGUUUGCACACAUCCCCUAUUUGCAGAUCCUCUCCAAGUCAUUAAGAUUUUGAGGCUGACGUUUGUCAACUUGAACCUUCAGCUCCCUCCACAGAUUUUCUAUGGGAUUAAGGUCUGGAGACUGGCUACUCCAGGACCUUAAUGUGCUUCUUCUUGAGCCACUCCUUUGUUGCCUUGGCUGUGUGUUUUGGGUCAUUGUCGUGCUGGAAUACCCAUCCACGACCCAUUUUCAAUGCCCUGGCUGAGUGAAGGACGUUCUCACCUGAGAUUUGAUGGUACAUUGUCCCUUUGAUGCGGAGCAGUUAUCCUGUCCCAUUAGUAGAAAAACACCCCCAAAGCAUAAUGACUCCACCUCCAUGUUUGACGGUGGGAUGGUGUUCUUUGGGUCAUAGGCAGCAUUCCUCCUCCUCCAAACAUGGCAAGUUGAGUUGAUGUCAAAGAGUCUCAUGUGACCACAACACUUUGACCCAUUUCUCCUCUUAAUCAUUCAGAUGUUCAUUAGCAAACUUCAGACAGGCUUGUACACUUGCUUUCUUGAGCAGGGGGACUUUGCUGGUGCUGCAGGAUUUCAGUCCUUUACAGCAUAGUGUGUUACCAAUUGUUUUCUUGGUGACUAUGGUCCCAGCUGUCUUGAGAUCAUUAACAAGAUCCUCCCAUGUAAUUCCUCACUGUCCUCAUGAUCAUUUAAAACGUGAGACCUUGCAUGGAGCAACAGACUGAGGUAGACUGACAGUUAUUUUGUGUUCCUUCCAUUUGCGAAUAACUGUUGUCACCUUUUCAAUAAGCUGCUUAGUGAUGGUCUUGUAGCCCAUUCCAGCCUUGUGUUGGUCUACAGUCUUGUCCCUGACAUACUUGGACAGCUCUUUGGUCUUGGCCAUGGUGGAGAGUUUGGAAUCCAAUUAAUUAAUUGAUACAGGUAACACGCUGAGAUUAGGAGCACUUCCUUUAAGCACUCCCUUGUCCCUCUAAUCUCAGCUUGUUACCUGCAUAAAAGACACAUGGGAACCAGAAAUCUUGCUGAUUGAUAGGGGAUCAAAUUAUUUUUUAUUUUGUAUGCUAAAUCACAACCUAUAUUAUUGCACCAUGAACAAAGCUGUGUAUAAACUGAUAAAAGAUGUAAGAGCAGCUCCAUUAUUUCUGAAUAAUGAUUUGAACUGUUCUUUGGGUUUAAAUCACUUAUCCUUUUGACUCCUGCUGGACAUAAAAUCAUGGGUUAAGAAAUACCCCUAUAGACCAGAAUUAGACACUCCUUAUUGGAGUGUCUCAACCAGCUGUGGGAGGGAUCUGAGUGCAGGUUUAUCAGAGCAUCGUGUAUGAUAUACAUCAUUAGCAUCCUGCUCAGGGCCAACCUUUGAGAUGUGCAAGCUGUGCGGUCGCACACAGAACCAUGACAAUAGGGGCUCCUGGUAACAAACACAGCUCAUAAGCAGAGACUGGCAUAUUAAAUGAAAACUAUUAACUGGUGGAACAAUUGUGCACAUCAGCAGUGAUAAAUAUCCCAGACUCCAAAUAGUAUACUGUUAUAAUUCCUGAUUUUUAAUUAACAGCAAGUGUAACUGGCAAUAUGGAAGGUUUUAUAAACCUUUCUUAUAUAUAGUGGAUAUUACAACCCAGAAGGCAGUACUGCAAUAAUUAAAAUCCUGUCUAUCUGUUGCAUUUGGGGUGAUAAACCCUUCUGUGGCAUGAGUGUUUUAAUUAAGCCAUAAUGCAAUUUCUUUACAUUCUUGGAAUUAGACUUCGAAGUCAACUAACAAUAUACUAGCAAGUGUUGCUUUCAAUUGUAACCGCAGCCGGUUCCUCUAUUUACCACUAUAUCGUUUUAAAGCAUAACAUUUAGCAAGGCUAACCGUACAGGUAUCUUAGCCAUAAUAUUAUAUAGUUAGUAAGAGUUCCUCUUUUUAAAAUAUAUUAAUAAUUGAGAACACAAUAUAAAAUAGGUAUUGUCUAGGAAGAAAUAAAGUUUUGUCUUUUUAAAUAUUUUAUUAAACAAAAAUAUAGACAUAUAAAAUCCAUUACAAUAAUUUAUAGCAGAGUUUAUAAGAUUAAAGUAUAUGCUUGCAAUAUCAAUAAAAUAGAAUAACAUACCUUCCUGAACAUGUCAACUGCUCAGUGAUGGUAAAAUGGAGCAGCUUCUCUGUCUCCAAAAUCUCUUUUCUGUGUCCUAAGUACACAUAUUUAUACCUUAGAUUUUCAAUUGGGUCAUGUUAGGACCUAUCUUAACUUGGCAAAGAUUUGAGGCCAUAACUUGGUAAUUUCACAUGGUAACAUCUUAUCUAUGUUUAGACUAAAACAUAAGGGUGCACAUGACAUGGGAAAUUCCCUGACAUGGAGAAUUACACUAACCUAGGACAAAAUGGCGUCCUAAAGUCUGAACACCAUAUUCACUGAAAAUGAGUAAGAGGUCAUUUAUUCAAGAAACAAUGUAUACAAAACAAUAUGUUCCAUUUCAAAUAACAAGUUUGAGAAAAAAUUUUUAGUUUUUAAAAUUCUUUAUUUUACUUGUGCAUGUGGUUACAAAAACACGCUUGCAACGCCACGAUAGCGACUGCGAGCAAUUCCAUGACAAUCAUUGGCAUAGUUAAGAGGUUGCACAUUUUAUAUUAGAAAUGUAUAACAAGCAAGUAAUGCGUAAAGUGAUUAAAGAAAAUAAGAAAAUAAGUACACAUGGUAAAGUAGGGAAGUAUGGCUUUGGUGUAGUGCCUGAUGUGUACUAAAAUUGUGCUUGGAGCCUUAGCUUUACAACAACCGAUUGAUACCUGAUGUGUGCGAGUUUAGUUUGCGCUUUUAAGGUUUGAGAAAUAUUUUAAAGACAAAGUACACAGUUUAAGAACUACAACUUUUUAUUCUAAAACUUGUAAUAUUUGCAUAUGCCCAUAACAGAAUGAAUGUACACACACACACACACACACAUAUAUAUAUAUAAAUAUAUAUAUAUAUAUAUAUAUAUAUAUAUAUAUGUAUGCUUGUAUGUAUAUAUAGAAAAAUAGAAAAAUAGAAAACCAAUUAUAUUUUUUUUAAAGUAAUUUCAUACUAUAGUUAAGUCUGUAACUUAAAAAAACCCCAUAAAACCUGGAUAUGGGGGGGGGGUACUGUUUUACUUGGCACACUUUGCUGAACACAAAUAUGAGUGUUGUAAAAUAGUAAAACAUUAUUACGAUGAUGAUAUCAUUAGUGACAGUGCAGUUUGGUGUAAAAAAAAAGGAAAAAACAAAUAUAAAUGAUAACUUAAAAUAACCAAGUCACAGGUAAAAGAGAUUAGAAAGUGCAAAAUUGUGCAGACUAGCCACUGGAACAGGGGACACUCUCUAUAUCAAAAAUACAAGUGCAAGAGUUGUAUAUAACUUAAGUUAAAAUGCAAUACAGGGCGCCACAAUCACAACGUGUGAAAUGGAAAUAGUUACCAUAAUCGUUGAAAAAGCACAAGAUUCACAUAAAAAAAAGAAAUGAAGAUCAUAGUACAAACUUUAAUAUACAAGGAUUGCUAAAAACAUAUAAAUGGAACACUCAUAAAAAUAGUGAUAAAUUGAAAGAAAUUAAUAUGUACAAAAGCACUUAUUGCCUCAAUCGGACUAGGUCCCCAGGAAUGCCAGUAAUCAGCGGAUACCUCUAGACACGGGAUAGUCUAUCCUCCACAGGGCCGUGUAUAAUAUGAUUAGGACCCUGGGCAAUGCAUUUUCUUGGGCCCCAUGGGCCCUGUCCCUGCCACUGCCUCACCCCCCAAUUACGUCCAACCCGCAAUCACACUGACAGACGUACUAGCACAUACACACACAGACAGACAUUAAAACAUUCACAGAUACAUACUGACACACAAAGUCACUACACACAAAUAUAUACUGGCAGUCAUACUGACACACACACACAGACAUACAUACAUACACAGACACAUACAUUAACAGAUAUACUGACACACACACAAACACAUACACUGACAGAUAUACUAAAACACACAGACACAUACACUGACAGACACAUUGACACACACACACACACACAGGCAUACUGACAUAUACACAGACAGACGUAAUGACUGAUACAGACAGACAUUAAACAUUCACAGAUAUAUACUGACACACACAUACACUGACAUACAAAUAUAUCCUGGCAGACAUAGUAACACACACACACACACAGACAUACAUACACACACAGACACAUACACUGACAGACAUACUGACUGACACACACAUACACACACAGACAUACUUACAUACACACACAGACAUACUUACAUACACACACAACACAGACAUGCUGACACACAAAGACAUGCUGACACACACACACAGACAUACUGACAUACACACAGACAGACGUACUGGCACAUACACACAGACAGACAUUAAAACAUUCACAGAUACAUACUGACACACACAUACACUGACACACAAAUAUAUCCUGGCAGACAUACUGACACACACGUACACACACACACAGAGACAUACCCACAUACACACACACAGACAUACUGGCAUACACACAGACAUACUGACACACACACACACACUGGCAUACACACACAGACAUACUGGCAUACACACAGACAUACUGACACACACACACACACACACUGACAUACACACACAGACAUACUGGCAUACACACAGACAUACUGACACACACACACACAGAGACAUACUGGCAUACACACAGACAUACUGGCAUACACACAGACAUACUGACACACACACACACAGACAUACUGGCAUACACACAGACAUACUGACCUACUGACAUACAUUUAGCCACCCUCCAGGUUCUUACCUUUUCCUGGAGGGUGGUUUCCCUGGUCCAGUGGCAGGCUGAGGCAGAUGGGAGUUCUCCUCUGGAACUCCCCUCCUCCCUGCCUUCCUCCUCCCGCGCGGCUAUCUCCGGUGGGAGGAAGUGACGUCACUUCCUCCCAGCCGGCUGCAGAACCGGAAGAGGGGCCCGGUCGCGCUGUUUAAGCGCCACAGCGCCCGACCGGGCCCCUGCUGACACAUGCUCCCCGGUUGGCCCUUAGUGCAUGGGCCACCCGGGGAGACUCCUCAGUGUGCGGGAGCCGCACCGCAGGGGCUGCGCAAAUCGCGGGGCCCACAGAGCAGCUGCUCUGGGCCCCCAGGAGCAACUGGGCCCGGGGCAGCUGCCCCGUUUGCCCCGCGUUAAAGAUGGCCCUGAUCAUCCACAAUGAGUAGAUCACCAAAUCUGACCGUUGUCUGAAAUGAGGAAUUCUUUAUCCUGCUGUACUGGUGACAUUUCAGGGGCUUGCACAACACGUUUCAUCAAGGUAACUUCCUCGGGAGCUUCUUGUUCCCCUUCAGUAUUCACCUUUUAAAUACACCGGGCUGAGUCUCUUCCAUGUUUCAACGCACACGGGGAAAUGCAUAAACGGAACACACUGGAACGCAAAACAAACUUUAUUGUAAGCACUAUUGGGCAACAACCACAAGCUUAUAUAGACAAACUCUGGUAUCAAACCCUGUGCUGUAAGGAAAGAAAAAUUAAAGUCCACAAAUUGAUUCUAUGUGGAAACAGAACUAAUAAAAACGUAUAAAAAAUACUAAAUAAAAAAAGAGAGUCCAAAAAAGGAUGUCUGUGUAUGACGGAAUCAAUUUGUAGGCAAUAGUGAAAGACAUAAAAUAUAUAGAGAUACAAAAUCAGAGUAGAUACAUAUCUUGAUCAAACACAAAAUAUGUAUAAAUAAAUGGUACAAAGGCUAUAAAAAAUAUAAUACAAUAUAAUUCUAAAAUUGUAAAUAAAAACACAGGAAGGAAAAAGUGCAAAAACAGAAAUGUAAGACAAAUUUAAAACCUUUACAAUUCAUGCAAUGUCUCGAUAUGCCGUGUUUAAGAUUUUUUCGGUUGAUUCCAUUAAAAUGCUCUAAUAACCUUAAGUGCAAUUUACAAAUAGUACGACCCACAUAUUGUAUACCACAUUUACAUUGUAGCAGGUAUAUAACAUUUUAUUCCGGUCUUUAGUAACAUAAUUUUAUCCGAAUUUGAUAAAUUAUUUACUAAGAAUGGGAAGGAAAACUUAUCGAGAAAAGAAAAAAUUGCACCUAUACAACUAAAGGAAAACAAUGAUCUAGUGAUAAGACAGGCCAAUAAGGGUGGUGGAACAGUAAUCCUUAAUCAUGGUGAAUAUAUAAAGGAAUCAUUGGGAAUUUUGGGAAAUACAACCACAUAUAAAAUUUUAAAAAGUAACCCAAUGGAAGAUUUUAAGAAGCAGUUAUUAUCACUUUUAAAUGAGGGUCUCAAAAAUAAAGUUAUUAAUAAGGACAAAUUUGAAUAUAUUUUUAUUAAAUCGACAAAAAUGGCACAUUUUUACCAAUUACCUAAGAUCCAUAAGAGGCUAGAUAAUCCACCAGAGAGACCAAUCAAAAGUGGUAUAGGAUCCCUGACCAGUAAUGUUUCUGAAUAUUAAGAUUUUUUUUCUACACCAGUUUGUGAUAAAAAGCCCCAUUAUGGGCGACUGUAGAUGUCACUUUGAUAUAUAUAGUUAUUGAUCAUGCGAAGGGUAUACAAGCAGUAAAGGAAGUCUUAGAUGGUGAUCCCAAUAUGAAUAUUUUACAGGCCAAGAUUAUAUUGGACGCAAUUGAAUUUAUUUUAUUUCAUUUUUUGUUUUUGUUUAAUGGUAAUCAUUAUCUGCAGAUCUGUGGGACAGCAAUGGGCAUCAGGUUUGUGCCAAGCUACGCAAAUAUCUUUGUGGCUAAUUGGGAGUUAAAGAACAUCUGGUGUGAAACUGGUGCUCUGGAAGUGUUACAUAGAUGACGUUUUGAUUAUCUGGGAUUGCCCUAAGACCUCUUUGGAAGAUUUUUUUUAAUUAUAUCAAUUCAAAUUCUUAUACUCUUACAUUUACUGCAGAUAUUCAAACUACAGAAAUCAUUUUUUUAGAUUUGACCUUUAUUAAGAAUGGCCAUGUACAGAAUUAAAUGUUUUUUAAGUCCACCGAUGGUAACAGCUUCAUUGAAUUUUCCAGCUGUCACCACCCUAAUUGGCUUAGAAAUAAUAUGAAAGGACAACAACUAAGGCUUUUUAGAAAUUGCAAUGAAGUAAGUGAGUGAUUUUAACAGUUAAGUACAAGUUCUUAAUAACAAAUUUAAAAAUAGAAAUUAUCCUACAGACCUUGUGGAAGAAUCCCCAAAACAAGUUAUAAAUUUAAAUAGGAAACAUCUUUUCAAAAGAUAAAAAGUGAAAUCAGGAAAUAAAGAUUUGAACACAGUUUUUAUUACAAAAUAUAAUAGUAAGGCCCACUUAAUUGAGAGAACAAUUAGGAAGCAUUGGCCCAUUUUAAUUCAAGAUAAAUUUUUAAGAAAUAUUAUGCCUAAAAAAACCCUGUGUUAUUUAUAAGAAGACUGAAAGUUUAAAAUCCAUCUUGGCCCCGAGUGUUUUACCGGAGUUUAAGAUGAAGAAUGGCCCAACAACCCAUAUUGAUAAUAAUUUUUAAGAGAGUAACCAAAAGUGUUUUUUAAAUGUGGCAAAUGCAGUACAUGCAGAUUUCAAGAUCAUAAAACAGUAGAUUUUAAGAAGUCUUUAAAAUCAAGCACUUUAUUAACUGCCAAUCUAAAAAUGUUACAUACAAGCUACAAUGUAAAUGUGGUAUAUAAUAUGUGGGUCGUACUAUUCGUAAAUUGCACGUAAGGUUAUUAGAGCAUUUUAAUGGAAUCAAUCAAAAAAAUCUUCAACAUAGUGUACCGAGACAUUGCAUGAAUUGUAAAGAUUUCAAAUUUGAACAUUUUAUAUGUAUCGGUAUCUAUCUGAGGGGGUGACACAGAGAAAUCUUUAGCAAUGAAAGAGACCAAAUGGAUUUUGAAACUUAGAACUUCAGUGCCUAAUUGCCUGAACAUGGAUUUAGACAUUCUGGUAUUUAUGGAUUACGAUAUUGCUCUUUUUAUGUAUUUUACAAUGGUAAAAUAAAUUUUUAUUAAAUAUUGUUAUUACAUUUUGUUGUUAUUAACUUUCCACUUUUUUCUCCAUAGAUAAUCCAUUUUGUACCACCAUUUAUCUUGAUUGUGUAUUUUCUCAUUUUCUGUUUUUGCACUUUUUCCUUCCUGUGUUUUUAUUUACGAUUUUAGAAUUAUAUUGUAUUAUAUUUUUUAUAUCCCUUGUACCAUUUAUACACAUUUUGUGUUUGAUCAAGAUGCUGUAUCUACUCUCAUCGGUCUGUAUUCUGAUUUGGUAUCUCUAUAUAUUUUAUGUCUUCCACUAUUGCAUACAAAUUGAUUCCAGCAUACACAGACAAUCUUUUUUGGACAGUCUUUUUUUAAUUAGUAUUUUUUAUUAGUUUUUAUUAGUUUUGUUUCCACAUAGAAUCAAUUUGUGGACUUUGAUUUUUCUUUCCUUACAGCACAGGGUUUGAUACCUGAGUUUGUCUAUAACUGUCUAGGACUAGGUUGUCUACUUUUUCAAAUGGUAUGCUAUGAUGUGGGUAAUUCUCAUUCCUGGGCUACCAUAUGGUCUCAAAGGCAACAUAAUCAAGCUGUCAAGUUUCAAUGUGCAAAAACAGAAAUGGCAAGUCUUCUAUUUGACCCUGUAAUUUUCCAAAACACCAUAAAACCUGGACAUGUGGAGUUCUGUUGUACUUGUGAGUCAUCACUGAACACAAAUAUGAGUGUUUUAGAACACAAUCAUAUACUGCUGAUUAUAUAAUUGGUGAAAGGGCAGUUUAUUUGUAAAAAUAAAAAAGGAAAAAAAAUAAAUAUGGCUGCUUACUUUCACCAUUGUUUUGUGACUAAGGGGCUUUUAAGAAAGACUGGAAAAAUUAUAUUUCAUAUACCUGGGGUUGUCUACUUUUCCAAAUGGUAAGCCAUGAUGGGGGCAAUCUUCAUGUGUGGGCUGCCAUACAGUCUCAAAGGCAACAUAACCAAUCUGGCAAAAUUGAAUACGUAAAAUCUUAAAAUGGGGAAAGCCCUAUAUUUGACCCUGUAUCUUUCCAAAACCCCAUACAACCUGUACAUAGGGGGUCAUGUCGAUGAGACAUCGCUGAACACACAUAUGUGUGUUUUAUUGCAGUAGAAACUAACCAUAUUAUGACGUUUACAGUUAAUAUGCCACACAGAACUACGAAAAUAACAUUUCUUAAUUUCUCAUCAUUUUUACCUUUUUAUUCUUAUAAAAUUAUGUUUCAUAUAUAGAUAUGUGAUGUGAAAUAAAAGCUCUGUAUUCUGAACAAAAUGAUAUAUAAGUGUGGGUGCACUUAGAGAGGGCAAUUAUGGAUGAACAGACAUAUAGUCAAAUUCUAGGGUUUGUUUUAAUCAGAAUGUGUACAAUUGCCUCAGUCCUUAAGAGGUUACAAUGUUGGCAGAUUUUAAUCUUCUGCUUCUAAUCUUUUGACAGAUUGAUGAACUAUGUGGUGCUAACGAAGGGGAACUGAAGAAAAAGAUCUCUGCACAUGUAUAAAGAAACUAAUCCUGAUCAUAGAAUCUAUUUCUGCAGGACAUCUAUAGUUAGCUGCCAGUGGACUAUGUUUUUAAUAUGAACACUCAGGAUACUGACAUUUAACUUAAAUAUCAAUAGUCUCAUGUUUACUUUUGGAACAUAUCUACAAAUGAUUAGAAGUGAAAUGCGUCCACAACACGUCUACUUUAUGAACAUAUAUCAAGUCCUAUUUUAAGAAUUUGUACCUCUUGAACAUUAGCUUUUGACUUCUAUUGCUGGAAAUGCAUGUUUUUUUGUUUUUAUUCAUUUACAUUUGUCAAAAUUAAAAUUAAAAUUAUACGAGUUGGUCAUUAA